CGAAUAAAUUGGCCUACUCCGUUCAUCCAAUACAAAACUUUCAGAGCUAAAAAAACGCAGUCAUAGAAGGUACAGCGCAGAGCAUAGCAAUGACGAACGCGGAGGUAGAGGCGGUGGAUUUCGAACCGGAAGAUGACGACCUGAUGGACGAGGACGUCGAUGGUACUUCCCCUAGGGCUCUAAUUCCUAGGAUCAAAUCCGCUAUCGGGGACUCCUCCGCUCCCAAGAAAACAAAGGGCCGUGGCUUCCGCGAAGAGGCUGCUGAGGCCGACCGUAAUGCGCGUCUAUCUGCUCGAUUUGACUCUCUUGUUUCGGAUGGCGGCCCUGGUCCCGAAAGAUCCAUUGAAGGAUGGAUUAUUUUGGUAACUGGAGUUCAUGAAGAGGCCCAAGAAGACGAUAUCCUUAACUCUUUUGGUGAGUUUGGAGACAUUAAGAAUUUGCAUCUGAAUCUGGAUCGCCGCACUGGGUUUGUAAAGGGCUAUGCGCUGGUUGAAUAUGAAAACUUUGAAGAGGCACAAAAAGCUAUUAACGAGCUAGAUGGAACUCAACUGCUCACUCAAACCAUUAAUGUUGAUUGGGCAUUUAGCAGAGGCCCGUUCAAGAGAAGGAAUAAUAGGAGAUCACCUCGAGGUCAUCGUUCAAGAAGUCCCCGGAGGAGAUACUAGCUAUGUGUGUGUGCGUUUGCGUGUUUCUUUUCUGAAGUCAUUGUGACUCUUGUUUGAGAAUAUAUUGACUUUACCCUCAAGGAAUGCAGGUUGAUGUUAUGUACACUACUAUUCUAGUACGUUUGAGUGACUGGUUAUUUGCUAGGCGUCUGCUGUACUGUCUUGAUUUUUCUUGCUCUGUAUUUUAAUUAAUGCAUAAUGGCACCUGUAAGGCUGUAAUGUCCAGUAUUGACCCUUCCAAGAACAAGGUGGCUGUUUUGCCGAAGUUGGGAUAUCAAUCUCGGAAAUUAUCCAAGAAAUGGUGGCUAGAAUCUUUGUUGCA